AUGACCACCGAGAGGCGGCGUAUAGAUGAGGAGAAUCGCCAAAGAAUUGCUGAGAUGUCGCCCGAAGAUAUUGAGGAAGAGCGAAGAGAACUACUUUCAUCAUUGGAUCCUUCUCUAAUCCAACGCUUGCUGAGUCGCGCAACCAUCGAAGAAGGUGGAAGUAACGAGGACUUCCCUGGGCUGCAAGAGAAGGUCGAGGAAGCGAAGCAGGAAGUCAAGACAGACGUAACGGACAAGCCUCGAAAGACUGUCAAGUUCGCUGAGGUGGAAGAAGAACCAGCAGGCGCAACAUUUGGAAGUGAUGCUCGCAACGGAAAUGAGACAUCUACAAAACAACACAAACACGAUAAUCCUGGUCAUCAGGCAGCAUCAGAAGUCGCUCUCCCAACAGAUUCGACCAUCCACUUCCCGCGACCUCCUCAACCACCAUCACUUGACCCGUCAGACCCGAACUUCCUCGAGGACUUGCACGAGAAGUACUUCCCAGAUUUGCCAGCUGAUCCAGAGAAGUUGGAGUGGAUGACUUCCUCACCGUCAAAUGCAUAUUCCGUCACCCAGACAUCUCUCGACCCAAAAGACAUUCGUUUCGCCUUCACUGGCGCAUUGAUCCCACCAAGUCUUGCAGCACAGAUUCCGGUCACAAUGGGUCUGCAUCAUCAUGGCGACGCUCCUGAUGCUGCGGGUUAUACGAUACCAGAAUUAGCCAUGUUAGCUAGGUCCAGUGUGCCUGCUCAACGAUGCGUCGCUUUCCAAACGCUCGGUCGCAUUCUGUACAGACUUGGUAAAGGCGAGUUUGGUGACCCGGGAGAGGAGGGUCAAAACACGGUCGGUGCCGAAGAUACGCUUGGAGAACUGGCAAGAGGACUGUGGUUUGAAGUAAAGAAAGAGAGCGUGCUCGAGAUCUGUCUGGCUGAGAGUGAGGGAAAAGGCGCUGCUGGAGGAAGACACAUGGGAGCAAGGGCUUAUGCCACGGAAGCCGUCUGGCUCUGGCAACAGGGUGGUGGCCGCCGGUGGAAGGCCGAGUAG